AUGUCGGAGCCUAUGGAUGUGGAUCUAGAGGUCCCUAGAGGCACCAAACGGAAAGCCGACGACGACCUCUCCAUAGUCACAGCACCAAGAAGGAUCAAAGCCCUUGAUCCCGAUGUUGUGAAUAAGAUUGCCGCUGGUGAGAUUAUUGUGGCACCUGUGCAUGCUCUGAAAGAGCUCAUAGAGAAUGCCGUUGAUGCGGGGUCCACCCUUCUCGAGAUCGUUGUUAAAGAAGGUGGUUUGAAGCUGUUGCAGAUCACUGACAACGGACACGGGAUAAAUAAAGAGGAUCUUCCCAUCCUGUGCGAACGAUUUACAACUUCGAAGCUCAAAGCUUUCGAAGAUUUGACAUCAAUUGGCACCUACGGAUUUCGGGGUGAAGCUUUGGCUAGUAUCAGUCAUAUAGCACAUCUCAGUGUUACUACUAGGACGAAGGAUUCCAACUGUGCUUACAGAGCGCAUUAUGACAGUGGACGGCUUGCACCAGCGAAGCCGGGCCAAAGUGCGGAUCCGAAGCCCAUAGCAGGCCGUCAAGGAACCCAAAUAACAGUUGAAGACCUCUUCUACAAUGUUCCUACCCGUCGCCGUGCCUUCAGGUCAGCAUCGGAAGAGUACAACAAGAUCCUCGAUGUAGUUGGAAGGUAUGCAGUCCACUGCGACGGGGUAGCAUUCAGCUGCAAGAAGCAUGGAGAGGCUAGCGCAACGAUAUCAACGCAGUCAACUUCUUCAACCGUCGAUCGUAUUCGUCAGAUUCAUGGCAGCUCAGUCGCAAACGAACUAAUAGAAUUCGAAUCUGCUGACGAGCGAUGGGGGUUCAAGGCCCAUGGAUGGACAACCAAUGCUAAUUAUCAUGUGAAGAAGACGACGCUUCUUCUGUUCAUCAACAGUCGCUCCGUUGAGUCUUCCAAUAUCCGCAAAGCGAUUGAGCAGACCUAUUCCACAUUUCUGCCCAAGGGAGGUCAUCCUUUUACAUACCUCAGCCUUGAAAUAGACCCUCAACGAGUCGACGUCAACGUUCACCCAACUAAACGAGAGGUCAACUUUCUGAAUGAAGAUGAAAUUAUCGAGACGGUCUGCAAUGACAUCCGCACGAAGCUUGCAAAUGUUGAUACGAGCCGAACCUUCAUGACGCAAACCCUACUCCCAGGAGCACGAGGACCAACGACGACAGCCAGUCCAGAUGCGGCCAGUGGCUCCAAGAGCCGUGCCCCAGCUGUCUCGACACCGAAGUCGAAGCCCUAUGAAAACAAUUUGGUACGUACCGAUGCAAAACUCCGAACCAUAACGAGCAUGCUUCUGCCCGGGGCUGGAAGCAAUAACGAGCAGCCCACCGAACCCCGGCCAGAAGACGUGGAAUACGAAGACUCGGACCGGGAACUCGUUCCCUGCCGCCUGCUUACUAUCAAAGAGUUACGUGCUGAAGUCCGUGAUGCGAUGCACAACGAGCUCACCGAGAUUUUCGCGGGUCAUACCUUUGUUGGGAUUGUAGACGAGCGGCGACGACUUGCCGCAAUCCAAGGAGGGGUAAAGCUUUUCCUCGUCGAUUAUGGCAUGGUCAGCAAUGAGUACUUCUACCAAGUAGGCCUCACUCAUUUUGGAAACUUCGGAGCAAUCCGCUUUGACCCUCCUCUAAAUCUCAAAGAACUCCUUGCCCUGGCCGCCGAGCAAGAGAAAGCGACAAACCCGCCAGCUACAGAGGAAGACGAUUUCAGCAUCGAAGAAGUUGUCGAGCUAGUCUCGACGCAGCUAAUCGAGCGGCGAGAAAUGCUGCUUGAAUACUUCUCCCUGGAAAUUUCCGAAGAGGGGGAUCUUAUCAGUAUCCCGCUCCUCUUGAAGGGCUAUACACCCAGUCUUGCUAAACUCCCGCGCUUUCUGCUCAGGUUGGGACCCCACGUAAACUGGACGGAGGAGAAAGAAUGCUUUGCGACUUUUUUGAGGGAGCUGGCUUCCUUUUACGUACCUGAACAACUCCCGCCUACACCGGGUCCUGAGGAUUCAGAGGAGGGCUUGGAUGAAGAGAUCAAGAGCCGAAGAGACAAAAUAAGACGGGUUGUGGAGCAUGUUAUGUUCCCAGCGUUUAGAGCAAGGCUGAUUGCAACGAAAUCAUUGGUAAAUCGUGGGGUAUUGGAGGUUGCGAAUCUGAAGGGUCUAUAUCGGGUGUUUGAGAGGUGUUAG